GCUGAGGGUCCUGCAGCCCUGAGACCUGCUGUCUGGGCCCCUCUUGUUCACUAGAGCAGCUAGUAAUUGUGAAAGAGGAAUCGGCAAACCAGGAAGAGGAAAAUCCUUGUCAGGUUCACCAGAAGGGUAAGCCCCGCCCAAGAUCUUCCAGCUCAUGUCUGACCCCAGACCCUCACUUAAUCUGAAGACAUGCCCACAGAAUCUGGAUCUGGAUUUUCCCUUGACCAUCGGUCCCUGCUUUUGUUCCUGGCAAGUACAUGGUUGGAAGCACCUCAGAGAGGGAAGGAAGAGACUUGCCUCGCACAUGCCACUCAUAGCUCCCCUUAGUGAUGGCCAAGAACUGGGAGCAGCCCCAGAGUCAAGAGCACGAUACCUGUACCGGGAUUACAGCCUUGUUAGACAAAGAACCUGACUUUCAACCCCUCAUUCCAGUUCCUGCCUGCAGAAUAAGGCUUUCAUCAACAAAGAGGAGACAAUGGGGGUGGAGGACUCACCGAAAGAAACGCAAGAAACGAAGAAAUAUUGUUACUUACUGGAACAUCAGAGAUGCUUGCCUUCCAGUGGAAAGGAAAAAAUGGUGGCUUGAAAUCACAAGGGAAAGAGAGCAUGAGGGGACCCUUGGAUGUUAUUCCAGCAGCAAACUGCUUUUUUCUGAUUCUCAAAAUGAGCUAUUAAAGACGGGUGCACAAAACCAAGAAAAAUAUAGAAUAACUCAAGCUUCUGAAACUCUUCACAGACAUGCUUUCUGCCUCACCAUUUUUGUGAUUUUGAUUAUGGUAAUAUUUAUGGUCACACUUUCUCUUGCUUUGACAGUAAGAAAAGAAAGAACAAUCUCAGAAGUCCAUGUGCAUUCUGUCUGCGUACCACCGUGGAUUGGAUUUGGAAACAAGUGCUUUUAUUUCUCUGAAGACACAGGGAACUGGACAUUCAGUCAGUCUGUCUGUAACUCAUUGGAAGCUGAUCUUGUCCAGAUUGACACCUCAGAGGAACUGAUUUUCCUGAAAAGAUACAAAGGUCCCUAUGACCAUUGGAUAGGCCUUAGCAGAGAAUCGCCAAGUCACUCUUGGAAAUGGAUAAAUAAUACUGGAGGCAACAUUGUGUUUCAGGUCAGAGGAACUGGGGAAUGUGCCUACUUGAAUGACAAAGGUGUGAGCAGUGGCAGGACUUACUCAGAUAGAAAAUGGAUUUGCAGCAAACCCAAUAACUUCACCUGUCAAAUUGCUUCAAACUCAUGAGCAGAAAAGAUAUAUUAUGCUUGUUAUCUACAGUUGCUGAAUGCUCUUCUCAAAGUGUUGACCUAAACAUGUGUAAUAUCAGUUGACAGCAAAGAUGAAACUGAUUCAGAGAGAAUCUCAGGGAAUCUUCCCCCACCAAAAUGAAACAGAUUUCGGAUCACAGGACUCUAAAUUAAAUAGAUUUUUAGGAAGGAGUUAAUACUUGUAACUUUAACCCAGAGAAAAAAAAUCAGUGUCAUGAACUGCACUUCUAUAAUAUACAUAAAACUUUUCCUCCAUAGACUUUUAUUUUCCUUACAAACACAGGGCAUAAAAAUGACUAUUUGCUAAAACCAGACGAAAUAUUUUUAAUAACCCAUGAGAAAAACCUAAAAUAUGUUGAUACACUGAGAGUUCUUUUGCUAUCUGUUACAAAUGUAGGAAGAUAUUUUUAAAGUAGCAUUUUGAUGCUGUACUCUUAUUUUCUCCUAAAAACUACUUUGUUAGUAGAAUUCUUUGACACAGUAAAUUUUGUACUUUAGCAUUUUCACUCUGAGGGAAUAUGCAGAGUAUCACCAUUCUUGGGCUGAAGAGCUAUUAAUAAGAGUAGAGCACGUGCCUAGAAUCCUGGAAGCCCUGAAUUUGAUGCCCUCCCUCCCCCUUGGACACCCACAGCUCAGCCCUGAUGGUCCUCAGUGCAGCUCAUGAUCCCUUGGCUCAGCCUCACAUCAAGUUGUGAGACCCAAAUUCAGGGCUGAGAGUAACUGGGAGUAUCUACCUCAUAUCCUGAGGACUGCUGGGGGCAGCCCUUAUGAAAAUAUAUAACCGAAUAACUAAAAUAUUAAGAAAUAAAAAACACCAUGUUUGAUUUAAACUUGCACAGAUGGAAGUGGUGAGACUAUUUGAGGCAAUUGGUAUGCAAGCAGACAUGUUAUAUGCUUUUUGGUUUAUAACAAUAAUGCUUUGGAUUAUUGAUUCUUCAGAUACACUGUACUGAUGAGUCCCAAAUAGGACGAAAUAACAAGGUACAAUACGUCUUGUCUCCUAAGAAUGAAAAAUUAAAAAUAAAAGAAAAUUGUAAAUUGUUUAUAAAUAUAAUUGGUUAUAUAUUUUAAAUAUAAAACCACUAUUUUUAGUUUUUGUACAUACAGAUGUAGCACUGUAGCACUGUCCUCCCGUUGUUCAUCGGUUUGCUUGAGCAGGCACCAAUAACGUCUCCAUUCUCAGACUUGUUGUUACUGUUCUUGGCAUAUCGAAUAUUCAUCGGAGAGCUUACCAGGCUCUGCUGUGCAGGCGGGAUACUCUCGGUAACUUGCUGGGCACUCCGAGAGGGACUGAAGGAUCAAACCUGGGUUGGCCGAGUGCAAGGCAAAUGCUGUACAUGCUGUGCUAUCGCUUCAACCCCAUACAGUUGUAUUAAAUAAAAUAAUUUGAUAUUA